AUAAAAAGUUGAGCCAGUUAAAGAAAUCAUCUAGUUCGAGUGCUGCAUCAAUAUGGUCGUUGAACUGUCUGGAUUAAUACAUUUUUCUAUGCUUAUACAUGUUGCCAUAUCUAAAAGCACUUUUAUAUUAAAUUCAGAUGCGUCUAAAAUAAUUGAAUUAAAUGUAAAAGACGAUUUUUGCUUGGUACACGUUGACAAAUUUAAAAUUCAAGAAAAACUAUCGAAUUCCGAUAAGAGUUUACAAACACAAAUGCCCGACGCUUUUGUAAACGAGUUCGUAGAAAUCUGUAAUAAUAGUACUAAGACCCCGCGGAUAGAUAGAGCCACUCGUGACGUGAUGUAUGGUAUAGGUUUCACGUAUCCAAAAACGUUAUGGUGCGGACCAGGAAAUACUGCUAAUAAUUAUUGGGAAUUGGGAGAAAAUCCACAAGUGGAUGCAUGCUGUAGAAUGCAUGAUCAUUGCCCUAUUCAUAAAGUAGGAUUAAUUACAAUAUCUCAUUGUGAUUGCGACAAUGCUUUUUAUAACUGUCUUAAGGCCGCAAACUCCCCGUUGGCGGAUAAAAUCGGAAAUAUAUAUUUUAACGUUCUUGGAAUGUAUUGUUACGUAUUUGUACCACCGUGUAUACAAGGAAGUUCUCCAAUUGACAAGCCUGUAUGUCAAGAGAGAGAUGUACCUCCACGGGUUUACUAAUAAUUACUUUUCAACAAUAUAAAUCCCUUUAGAUGAAAAAAUAAAAUUAUAUUUGAACCCUAUAUUGUUUAAUUAUUUUUAUUUGUAUUACUCACCGUCAAAUAAAUAGAAAAUUACAUUUUAAA